GAAGGAGAGCAGCUCGUUGACUGUAUGAUUGUGGUCUGGCCUGGGUGCCUAGCAGGACACACGGCCGGAUGAUCAUAGCGUGUGUGUCGCUCUGACAGCUGACACUGCUCCUCCAAGGGACCGACUAUUGAAUGUUUAAAUUGCAAUCUCAGCGAAAUCCCGACUAGUUCAACGGGCAUUCGCUCAGGGAUUGCCCUCCCGUCAGUGUCAAGCUGUCAAGGGAGAGGUUUUAAUGAGGAUAAGCAGUGGGAGAUGGGUCCCGGGCCAGCCUGAGCUUGUUCGUACGCCAUCAACGUGGCUGUGGCCGGGAAAAAGGGGGAUGGCGCGGUUGGCGUUGACACGAACAGGCCAGGAAAUCGACGACGCGGCCGAACGGUCGCCAAGCAGGCCCCAAGUGGGGGCGUCCCUUUUUGCCAGUCUCGAAACCGACCGAGAACGGAGCGCCGAGUCUCCAUCCCCCCAAACUCUACAAUCGCCAGUCGCCUCAUCCCAUCAUUCCCAUCAUCCUCGGGCCCGCGGUUCCAUCUCCUCCUGUCGGGUAUCAUCCGCCACCGCAUACGGGGAAUCCUCCCAUCUGGAGCCGAUGGGGAGACCCAGUACUUCCGUCUGCUAUCUAAGACUAGAAGCAGCUCUGCUCUCUGCUAUAUCACGAAGAUCAAUCGUAAUUAUGUUCUCCGUAUUCUCCGGCUGCACCACCAGGAACACUGGGAAUGAAGGGAGCAGAUGGGACCAGCGGCAUAUCAACUGGCCCUGCAGAUUCCCCUGGAAGGAAGCGCAAAGGAAGAUUAAGCAUAUUGAGAACCCACCAGCCGCGUUGUUUUUAGCACUUAGCAAAGUGAUGCUAUGGGCCCGCAGGCACCGCACCUGCCAGCGCUCCACCAGCAGCCACAGCGUCUCCAAUGAGCCACGUACACUAGCCAUUAGCCUGUAUGGGACGGACGGGGUCCUGGUGCUACUAUUACUAGGCUUUAGAGACGGCACCUCCUUGCAGCAUCAGUUUGGGUUACCUGUCCAUGUUAAAUCGGACGGAAUGGGAAGGAAACGGUUCGGAUCGGUGUCCUCAACAAACACAAGACACACCGUCACCGUCGUAACUGUGCGCGAGGGAUCAAAAAUGAGAAUCUCCUGGUGACAUCCAUGGAGUAUACACAGUCGUAGUGACAGCAACCAGCGGAAGGUCCGGCUGAAUAAGGCGCUUGUAAUUACCGACCCAUUGAGGUACGUCGAGAUCGAUUAGCAGAUGCACUGGAUGGAUACCUACUGAGGCACUACCCAUUGGACUGCCGGACAGGGGAUGCAACGUUG